AUGCCGCCUCUGCCAAUCAACGUCGGCGACAAGCUCGGCAACGAUAAGCGCACUGUCCCUAGUAGGCCACACAAGACUUCGCUGAUCAAGGCUCUGAUCGUAUUCGCUGCGACGGCGGUCAUCAUCGCCAAGGCUCUUGGGGGAUGGUCUCCCCUCAUCCGCAAGCCAUGUGCAGACGGACAUGUCGAUUUCCCAGUCCUGCUUCGUGGGCGCUACGGCAAUCGCAUCGAGGAUGCCGAGUUCAAGCAGGCUUUCGAGAAUGGCACCCUGCUGGGCCAUGUAGAUUUACAUCGUUUGCGACAAGGUGCCUCGGGCGGUGCUUUCUGGAGCGUCUAUGCGCCCUGCCCCAAACAUGGUGAUGACUUCUCUGACAGAAAUUACGCCGCGAGUGUCCAGUAUACACUGGAUCAAAUUGACGUCAUCAACAGGCUGCAGAAGCUCUACCCCCACGAUUUCUCCCAAGCAGUUGACAGCAAGACCGCAUGGGCCGCCUUCAAGCAGGGCAAGCUCAUCUCACCCCUUGGUGUCGAAGGCCUGCAUCAAAUCGGAAACAAGGUGUCUAAUCUGAGGCUCUACCAUAGCCUCGGCGCUCGCUAUGCUACUCUCACCCACAACUGCCACAACAAGUUUGCUGAUGCUGCGAUUCUGGAAGGGCCUGCUAGAAAGGCCGAGCCAAAGUGGCUUGGUCUCAGUCCUAUUGGACGCAAGCUUGUUCAUGAAAUGAAUAGAAUCGGCAUGAUAGUCGAUCUUGCUCAUGUUAGCGACGACACCAUGCGCGAUGUGUUAGGCGGAAACGCAGCUUGGGAAGGCUCCAAAGCUCCCGUCAUCCACUCACACAGCUCAGCAUACAGCAUUUGCCCACACCCGCGCAACGUAAACGAUGAGAUCCUGCAGCUUGUCAAGAAACGCAACUCAUUGGUCAUGGUCAACAUUGCGCCCGAGUUUAUCUCCUGCAUCGACAAUGGCAACGAGAAUGGCAUUCCCGACCCGGUCCCAGAGGAGGCUACAGUACAGCAGGUAGCACGUCACAUCCUGCAUAUCGGCAAUCUCAUUGGGUUUGACCACGUCGGCAUCGGAACAGACUUUGACGGUAUCGGGACGGUCCCAGAGGGUCUCGCUGAUGUGAGCCAGUAUCCCGACCUUGUUGUCGAGUUGCUUAAAAACGGCGUCAGCGAUUCAGAUGCGGCAAAAAUCGUCGGCGGCAAUCUCCUGCGCGUCUGGGCUGAGGUUGACGCCGUCGCUGCGGAGCUGCAAGCUGCUGGCGUUCCAGCCCUGGAGGAUGAGCUGUGA